CGUUAUAGUUGUAUCAAAAUUUUAUUUCUUUUGCUAAACAGUUUUUUAUUAAUAAUUUUUAUUAUGCCAACUCAAAUAUAUAAAAUUAUCUAAAAUGGAUAAUUUCGACCUAGCUACUGGAGUUCUAGAUUCUUGGGAUUUGCUUUAUCCUAUUUCGGAUACAUACACAAACCGAAAGAAAAGAAGUGUAAAAGUUAGCAAUCCAAAUUUGCUUUCAUCCUCUGCGUCACUUUUUUUAAAGGAAACUACGUAUACUCCAGUGUUUAACAGCAUAUCGGCAGGCUAUUACCCAGUGUUUGGUGGCUUUUACACAAGUUAUCUCUCAGAAUAUCAUAGGCCUCUCAUCCAAGUGACUGUAUGUCCAAAAUCAUCAAAAGCGGUCGCCAACGCCCACGAGAGACGAAAGCGACAUAAAAAGAAAACCGCUGACUACUCCGACCAUUCCAUUUCUGCAAAAAAGGUUUACAUCGUUGUACCAGGAAAAAAUAAAGAUCAAAUCGGUUUCAUUGAAACUACAAAUGCUGGGAUCUAUAAGGAAAUAAGCGAUAAUAAGUUAUUAUCGGAAUGCAUGAUAAAGAGCUAUUUAAAAGAUAUGAAUAAAACGAGGAAAAAGCGCUCGGACAAGACAAAGGAGACAGAAAAUCCAUUACAAACUAUUCCAGAAUGUAGCCCUGGUUGCGCUUAUAUGAACAUGAACAAGACCAAAAAUCCAUCACCGAAUAGGUCAGGUUCCGCAUCCCCUGUUAGAUUAAGUUACACAACUGGCACGAAACCCGAAUCAACCAUAAUCACUAAGACAACGACUUUGUCUCAAAAACAAAUAUCGAAAUCGCCUGAUAGAAACAGUUUGAAGAAUGACGAAGCGAGAACAAAAUCGCCUGUUCGCUCAAAUCAACAAAAGACAAGGAUUAACAUUUAUCAGUCAGAUAAAACGAAACAAAAUAAUGAAACUCCACCGGACAGAUAUAGCGUUAUCGGCAAGCGUUCGAUUGAAUCGGUAAUUAGUGAAGAAAAGCGAAAGUCACCAGAGAGAUACGAUAUGAGUGGCGUGGAUACGAGUCGCCCUGGUCGGAUAAGGAUUACAGGGCGCCUCGGACUUACUGAAGAUGACAAAUGCGUCCUAAAAUGUGAUGCUACUCUUAAUGACAAGCCGAUUCCAACGCAAUUUCAAGGGGCAGAUUGCGCUAUGCUACCGCUGUGUUACGAAGCUUGUAACGAAGAACUUAGGUCUCCCAGAAAACAGCGUGACGCUAAAGUACAAGCAAAAGAAAGUCCUAUGGGAGCCCACUUUUAUGCACAUGCAGCCACAGGGAAAGAAUCUCAAGCAACGCAAGUCGAUUUUCAAUUGAUAUACUCAACAGCUACAAGCCGAACAGAAGACUCCAGGCGUGGUAAAGUAAUGCAAAAAUGUGCUUGCGUAAACACCGUCGAUAAUUCUAGGGACAUAUAUGAUAAAAAAGAAGAUGCAGGCAUUGCACUCAAGAAACAUCAUAGUCCUCUUAUUGUUAUAUCUGUUUAUUCUAAAAAUAAUGAAUCAAGUGAAAAUAGCGGUGAUACAAAACUCGCACUCAUGAACACUAAGGAUAAAAAAAAAGAUAUAAAAAAAAAUGGACGCAGUCGAUCUCCUUCGCCAGCAAAAAACAGCAAAAAAAUAGUUGAAAAGAAAUCUGAGGGUCGCGUUAAUGCAUCCACCUCUAAAAAAACUGUCCGUGAAACAGCUAGAAAAGUAACCAGGUCAAAACUUAAUCAAACUCAAAGUCGAAGUACUGUCCGAACAACAAGUACCAAAACUAAGAUCGAGAGCAGAACUACCAAAAGCAGGUCCCCUAAAGCUCAAAAAACUCCACCACAAAGUAGUCGAUCAAAUAGCCCUCCAAUUACAGAAGAAGCUAAUGUUCCUGAACAGCUGAAAAGGGCUUUAAUAGACGAUUUUACUAAGACUUAUACUGAACAUGUUAAUCAAAGAAAUACACAUUUUGAUAUACCACUGCAAACGAAACACAAUGUUUCUAAUAUUACCAUUGAUAUAGAAGGCGAUAGUGAAUACUACAAUGUUAAGCUGGGACAAGAUGCUGGGAAGCUGAACACAGAGCUGACCGUUCGCAAGCCGUCUAGAAGACCUCGGGCAGGUGAAAAUACUAUGCCCACUAUGGGAGAGACAGAUACCACAUCGUUAGAAAACUUUUUAUACAUGCCAGAAAACGAGCAUAGAAAGAGAUCUUUUUCUCAAACAUUAAUGUUUGAUGGGACAGAUCUGACCAUGGGCGGUGAAAACGAUGAAGGCAAUGCAUUAAAUGUAAAGGACAGCAUCGAAAUAUCUCACAGGCGUGAAACCAAAGCCAGUGUAAUUGACGAUUACCGCGAAAAAAACGAUCUUCUCAACGAAGUUGAUUCCAAACAUUUAGCCCAGACAAAGCACUUCCAAGGCGACGAUUGCUCGAUUCCCAAUCCCAUAACAAGAGACAGGGAAAUUCAAAAACUUCUAGGAAUAGAUAAAGGAGUCGGAAAAUAUAAGACCAAGCCAUCGCAAUAACAGAACUAUUAUGACAAAGAAAACGAAGAACGAAAAUGCCACCAUAUAUUACAAUAAAGAAUCUUUAUACUCGUAUGAUGCUAUUAACAAUGUUAUAUUAAUGAAGCCUCUUCAUCAAAUGGCAUGGAAUAAGAAUAUCCAACUGUUUUAUUAUUUGAGCAUGCCCAGACCAAAACCAAUAAUUUUAACACGUCGUCAAUACAAUAAAUUAAAAAGAAGAAUUUAUAGCAGUCUCAUCGCAAAACAUAAUACGUAUCUUGCAAAAGAUUUCUACAAUGAUCGUAGACUUCAUAACUUGCCUGAUCAUACGCUAGAAAUAGUUAGAGCUAAUACAAAAAACCAAAUUCUGCAUUACGACAAGGACUCCCAGACCGAAAACGUCCUAAUGAAUCAAAUAUGUGCUACGGUAUCGGAUGUAAAUACAUACACAAUUGGUAAAUCAAACUGUGGAGAUGCUGGCUCUACGGACAUCGGAAAUUCAAAAAUGAGUUCAAGUUCAAAUACUUUUGAAAAUUCUAGAAAUACCAUUUGCUCUCAGAAAGUAAUAAAUGUCAAUAAUUACCAUAUUAUGCAUAAUACUCUAAGAACGAUUUACAUAGCCAGGAACCAUAUAAAACCGAACAACGAACGAGUUAAACAAGAUCACGUUAUGAAAACUGAGUCGGUUAAAGAUAUUGAAUAUAGAAAGAUGGCUAUUAGAAAACAGAGGGUAAGAUUUUCGUCUUCGCACUCGGCAAAUUAUCUUUCAAGGACUGAAAACGUUAAUAAAAUGGAUUCAUGCUCUAUUCAAACCAUUUUUAAAUGU